UCCCGUCACGUACUGGGGCUGCUCAGUCUUCUUCGCUUCUCUCAACGCUCUCUCGUUCUCUUCCUCCUUAUAAAUUACAGACAUCAAGUUUUAGUCAUUCUCUGGAGUUGGUGAAGCAUAAACUCUGAGUAAACAUGAUGAACAAAGAAGAAACAGAGAAGAUCGUGUCGCUACUGAAAUCAGAGCAACGCCCAAUUGAAGAGAUCUUCGCCGAAUUCAAUUCCAGAUUCCCUCGCCUACGCCAUUUCGUUAUUUGCUUCUCGCUUUGUCAAAUCUUACAGGACAGGAAGGCACUCCGUCCUACUGAACGUUUGAUUGGAUUUGCUAUUCUACAUCAGUGUUAUUCCUCUCAAAAACCUUCUGCAAAUCCAUUUAUAUCAUUUAUAGUAAAUGUUGCAUCUGAUGAGCAAUCUGAGAAAUACGAGAGAGCAUUUAUACUCCAGUUUUUAGGCUCUAGUGGUGCCAACAGUAACAAAGAGCUUCUUAAAACUACUGCUGUAGAUUAUAUCAAAAGUUUUGACCCUUCAUCUCAUGCUUUCCCACAACGAGAACAGUUACAGCAACAGUACUUUGAUAAAGUCAAUAAAGAACCAUAUAGUUGCUUAUUUGAAGAUGUAUCUGUCAAAAAUGUACUGGCAGAUCCUGAUGUGCCCCAUGGCUGUGACUCAAAUUCAGCAGAGUUUGAUUUGGAACCUGGAGCCAAACCUAAACUUGGAUCUGGUGAUAGAGAUGAGACUUUAAGUCAAUCAUUGGCAAAUUUAUCAUUGAAUGGGUUAGGUCCUCAAUGGAUCCGUCCUUUUCCACCUAGGUAUCCAGUGCGUGAUAGUGAGCUAGUGUGGCUCAACCCUGAUAACAAUCACGAGCUCGUAUGGGAUCAUGGUAUGUGUGCCGAUACUAGUAGAGGAGCGGCAGUCAGGGACUUGAUUGCAAAAGCUCUGAAGGGGGCACUUGCACCUGCACAACAGGAGGGGAGGGACUACUAAGCUGCAGAUAGUUCCCAACUGGUUGUACCUAACUCUAUGAACAAGGUGAAGUUCAUCAAAGUGUUGACAAGUAUGGAGAGUAAUGUGGAUCAUGGAGAGGAGUGAUAUCAAAAAGAGGCAGUUGAAUCUGCUGAUGCACAGAAGAGUACAACAGGAUUUGGUUUUUCUUUUUUCUUUCCAAUAUUCCUCCAGCAUCCUUUUACCAAUGGAAAUCUUGGGGAGAGCAUUUGAGACGAUACAGUACGCAUAAUUGGCCAACUGCUGGGAAAAUGUGAGAAUGACUAAAAUUUCCAUGCUGUGGAACUUUAAUAAGCAGCCAGGAUUGAAACCAGGAACAUAGGCUUGCCCACCUGAAUGGUUGGGAGUAGGUUACCACUGAGCAAGAACUAAGUAGUUUGGUUCCCCAUGCAGUGGAACUUGUUUUAGUACAAAGCAGUGACUUAUAUUCAUGUUUCUAUGUUUCCAGAUUUCACACAUCAAAUCUCAAUCUCAUUUUUCACAAGUAAAUUUGAAUAUAGGUUGUGGAUGCCCUUUAUGGUGCAUGCUUACUCUUGAGUUCUUUAGGUGCCAGUCAUUACGCCUUAAGCCUCAUAUGUCGGUUUUCAUUAGCGAAAAACCCGCACGCAUUGGUGUUAGAAACCUUUGAGUCUUAAAGGUGAUUUUAGGUUUAAGGUCCAUUCUCUUUGUAACUAGGUAAGUCUUUUGAUUUUUAGAUCUCUGAUUAGUAGUUCUUCGUAUAUCCAUACCCAUGUGCAUGGGAAGCAGCUGUUUGAUGCUUGGUUAUAAUAAUAUUGGUUCCAUUAGAAGAAGUAUAUUGAUCUUAAUUCUUUGUUUUUAGCUUUUGUUUGCUCAUUAAGAUCUGCAUUGAAGAAAACUACUGGGAUUAUCCUUGGGUCACUGGUUUAUCUUUGGACUUUGUUUUUGUAGGAUAACCUCCUGCUUAUGCCAUGGAUGCUACAGUGAUUUUCUAGAUAAAGAAUUUAAAGAAAGUAUUAGUCAUAUGUUUAGAAAAUUAUAUUGAUAAUUUUGGUCAUGCCUCAAGUUCCCAAUAUAAAGUAAAAUCUGGCCCUUACAUAUAUAUACUAACUGUAAAAUGAUGAAUGGCUUUCAUUUAGGUUAUAUAUCAAAUGUGAUAGUUCUUGGUAAUUUUCAAACUUCAGGAAGGUAAUGAAGGAAAGAAAGGGCUAAAAUUUGGUGGG